UUCCCAGAAUGCACUUGUCAUUACCUAAGAAGUACACGGUCGUGUCGCUGUUUGACAAAUGCGCUGCUCUCAUAUUGGCCCCCCUUCGCUCUCUAGUCUGCUGUUCUGCUCGGUUUUAACGCUAUUUCUGCUGUCUGGUCUUUAUCUUUAUAGCUACAAGAAGUUUGGAGAAGGUCUUAAAAACCUUCCCACUCUCUUCCUCAAAGCUCCAUCCCACAGCGUAGGCCAGGAUGGCUGCCCGUCUUCUCCGCUCCAUGGCCCCGUACGCAUCCAUGGCCCUGCUCCAAUGCAGGCGCUCCCGUUUGUCCGCAGGGCCGCUCCUAACACUGACUCCGCCCACUGCGCUAGGAACGUGCCGAAGUAAGAAGACAUGGCCCAAAACGUUCCCCGAGGAGGAGCUGAGGAAGCGAUUGACCCCCAUGCAGUACCAUGUUACUCAGGAGAAGGGCACAGAGAGUGCUUUCACAGGAAAAUAUGCAGAUAAUAAAGAGGAAGGAACCUACCACUGUGUCGUCUGCGGUGCUCCUCUUUUCACGUCUGAUAAGAAGUUUGACUCAGGAUCAGGAUGGCCGUCCUUUUUCGAUUUGGUCAAUAAGGACUCUAUAACAUUAACGGAUGACUUUUCCUAUGGGAUACACAGAGUGGAGACAACCUGCAGUCAGUGUGGUGCUCACCUGGGCCACCUCUUUGAUGAUGGACCUCGACCAACAAAGAAACGCUACUGCAUAAACUCCGCCUCCCUCAAUUUCCAGUCGAAAAACAGUGCCUCUAAGGAGGCGGAAGCAUCUGGAGAAGCAGGUCAAUCACCAUCUUCUACUAAGAAUGAAGAACUUUAAUAGGACUUGAAAUAGACCAAACAGAUGUCAUGCUACUCCAAAGUCACUCCUGUAUUAUCAAUUCCAAAUCAAGUGAGCCGUGCAAUCAGACAAUAUAUGCUUAGCAACAUUCGUCUGAACGAUCGGUCUUUCAAAAUCACAAUAUGCAAUAAUAUCAAUGUCCAGAUAACCGAUUAGAAUGUCCUUAUGUUUGCGCCUCAACUUCUUGACUUUAAUUAUUGAGUCAUCUGAAGAGCUCGCGUCGCUUCCAAGAACAUACAUUGGGUACAAAGUUCUGAGACCACAUUGGAAACCUGAGAUUUUUAGUUCUUUGUUUUUUUUAUAUAUAUAUUUUAAUUUAAAUCAAAACAAUUUAGGAUUCUACAUUAUUCCUUGGUCACUUGUCAAGUAAAUUUGUGACAUCAGUCAUGCGACUCUUUGUACAAAUGAUUAGAUAUUCUUCCAUUGAAACUCAAGAUGCUCUUUGGAUCAUUCUGGAGAACAUGAUGAUCAGGUUAUAAACAAACUUGUGGAGUUCAUACAGCUUGAAUGCUGCUGCCAUUAAAGCAAAAAGAGGGACAACCCAAAUACAAAGGUUUUCUCAUAAUCAUGUUGAUUUUUCGAUUCAGAUUUUAACUUAAAUUGUUUAUUCUGAUAACAUAAUUUGUAAUGGAAAAAUGCAUUUUCACUAGUGGUCUCUGACUUUUUGGACCCCAUUGUAUAUUGAAAGUCCAAUGAUUGGAUACGAAUUAUAUAUGUAUACUUUCUCAGAGUGCUGUGUUGUUUUUGAAGUGACAUGUGAUACAGGGAGGUCAAGAAGUUUGAGGAAAAUGCUAUGCAAGUGCUCCUGUGAGCAGUAAAAUAAGCACCGAGUGGAGAACAAAGCAUUCUUUGAAAUAAAAUGGAACAGAUGACAAAUGUUUAGUCUGAACACAAAUGUAGCCUGACUUUUAAGGGUGUAUUUUUGGUCUCCCUGCUUGCAGUGCCUAUUUUUGUCCUGAGUUUUUUUUUUUUUUUUUCUGAGAUAUUGAUUUACUUUGAUUGACAGAAUUUAAUUCAUAUUGACCAGUGUGAAUAAAAGGAUAUUAAGAAUAAAA